AUGAUAUGGCUCUUCUGCGACCUAAUGGAAAUUACAGAAGCUAACAUAUUUCUUGCUCACAAAACCAACCGGACGGUGCACCUUCCCGCCCCCCUUGUGAAGAGAGGAAGACGUGGGGGAGUGAGAGGGGACACCUCCUCCGAGGAGAUGCGUUAUAAGAGAGUGUUGGACAUCAGUGAGAGUAAGUUUGGUUUCGAUUGCAGCAAGAUGAGGUGCCUUCUGCUGGUUGCAGUCGUCUGUGCGGCGCUGGUCGCUGUCUGUCACGCCCAGGACAGCAAGUACACGUCCAAGUACGACAACAUCGACAUCGACAAGAUUCUCAAGAACGACCGCGUCCUGUCGCAGUACAUCAAGUGUCUCAUGGGCGAGGGCUCCUGCACUCAGGAAGGACGAGAACUCAAAAGACUGCUGCCUGAUGCAAUCCAGUCCAACUGCUCCAAAUGCAGUGAGAAACAGAGGAGUGCUUCAGUUAAAGUGAUGCGACAUCUUCGUCAAAGUAGGGAGCGCGACUGGAACAGACUCCUCGACAAGUACGACCCACAGGGAGACAAGAGGAAGAACUUGAAACUUGACUGAACACUUUCAAGCAAACUACUUUUGUAAAAAAUGCAAACUAGAACAAAUAAUUUUGCUCUAUGUGAAGACAAACAAAUAAUGCUCUCUGUGUUUCAACUUGUGUUGUUUCAUUCCUAUACUAUUAUAUUAAUUCCUCUUUAUUACAAACUACAAAAGUAAUACAGGAAUUAAUUCAUGACAGUCGAAUAAAGUACUGUGUACCUACUUACUGUAGAUGUUCUGAAUAUUCUCGUAAGUUCUUGAACUGAGAAUCAUUUCAAUCAAUUUAGACUGCAAAUGUUUGACCAUUGUUAUUUUUAUUACAAAUAAAGUUUUUUUUGUAAUUCU